GCUUCCAUUACUGCACCUCAAAACUGGUGGCUGUUCUGUGAUGUGUCUCAGAGAGAGAGAGAGAGAGAGAGAGAGAGAGAGAGUUAUGUGCUUGCCUGCGGAUCUUUUGAUAAUGACCAAAAAGAAGCAUGUGAGAGAUGGGGAUUGGGCAUCAUUAGGGGGCAAUCUUUGCUAAAAAUGAUGAGGUUGCCAAGGAAGACAAACAGAGCAAUUCGUGUUUAAGAGAGUCCUGUUGCAGAGGGAAUUAAUGGAGGAGAGAGAGAGAGAGAGGAAUUCAUGAGCAGAGAAGUAAAAGAAGGCCCAGUACAACUACCAGGCUCAGGGGUUCCUUGGAGUAGCAUUAAAGACUUUAGGACCAAGGCGCACCCCUCUUCACCUUCUUCUCCAACACAUCCCACACAGCCCCCUCAAAAGCAUGUCAUUUUUUGUCAAGGAUUGGAACAGAAAGGAACCAAAUUUAUGGCCAGAAAGUUGUAUUCACUACCUGCUCUGAUGUUCCUGGCUUGAAGAAGGAAACACACCCCCAAAAUGGGUUGUGGGCUGAAGAUCUCCCUCAUGAUCUCCCUCAUCAUCACCUUCUUCAUUAUCCUGCUCCUGUCCUUUCAAAGUGCCCACUUUCUGUUUGAUGAUGGUUCUUUGAAUGCAGCUGAAAAGACCAGUCUUCGUGGCUGCGAAAAGCUGUAUUUCAAUGGAGGAGAAAGAGAAAAAGGUAAUGCAGACCGGGUCGAGGUCGAGAAAGUCUCAGGCAAGGAUGAGAGCGAUGACAAGGGAGAUUUUACUGUGGUGGAAAAGUUCAGGGCUUUGCUUGGAGUGAAGACGUUCAACACGAAAAUGCCGCCAUUUGGGCUUCCUGAAUACUUCUCACCUUCACCUUCACCUUCACCUUCACCUUCACCAUCUCCUAGUGAAGCUCAAGCUCCAUCUCCAGCUCCUUCAGUGCACACUCACCCACAUUCUCAUCAUCCCCCACCACGUAAAAAUGCAAAGCCACAACAUAACACACUUCACAAGGAGGCCAAUGACAAGGGCAGUGUUUUGGUUGCUGUUCUUGUGCCAACAGGAGUUGUGUUUUUGGGUUGUGUUCUUGGGCUUGUAUGGUUCUUCAGGCAACCCACGAAGCACAACAGAAGCAGGACUGUCAAGAAUUUCUUGACAUGUGGUAAGAAAGGAGGAAGAGGAAACAGAGGCAGAUCAAUGUAUCCGAGUGCGCGGAGCUCGGCGAGCAAGGUAAGCUUCAAUCCUGGCCUCGAUCUUUUUUAUCUCGAAUCAUUGGGAGUGGAUUUGGAACAGCAGUCUUUGAAACAGAGUUCUGAAUCUGUCACUAGUUCAUCGUUUCAUAGCACUAACAAAGCUAGGCUAGAGACUAAAGCUCCAAAUCAAGAGCCGGUGAAAUUGGAACCGGUUAACACUAGUAGUUCCUCCACUAGGGAAAUUACGUCGGUUCACGAGGAUGCAGAGUCGGCAAAGUCCGACCCAGAUGGUGGCAAUUCUCCUUUAGCCAGGGACAAUAUUCCCACUGAGAAUCAUUCAUCUGAUGAAGAAUCUUUUCAUUCUUUUGGGGAUUCACAUUCACCCAAGGCGCGGGUGUCGGAUGAUUUGAAAUGUAGCUUUAGCGAAACAUCAGAAAUUUUGUCUCGAAUCUCAUCUAGGGCAAUAACACCUUCCCUAGCCGACUCGAUGGAUGCAUCAAAUGCAGAAGGUCCUUCCAACAACACCAAACAGAAUAAUGCUACAGAUGUAUGUCCUGUAGAAUGUCAAAUGACUCCGAUUGCUCAAGUCCCGCCACCUCCGCCUCCUCCACCACCUCUGCCACUGCCACACUCUCUGCUUCCCCGCUUGCAUUUUUCCUCCCCAAGUUCUUCCACUGGAGCUGCUCGUAAGUCUCCACCAUAUUCAACACAUAAAGACUUGUCACCUUCUAGGAACUCAGAUUCUUGUUCAGGAUCAGAAUUUACUCCCGAGAGUGACUUGGCUCAAUUGCCCAUGAUGAAUCCCAAGCCAGCAUAUUGUCCACCAGGAAUUCCGCCACCGCCUUGCCCUCCACCUUUUUUUAAAGGAAACACUAGCUCUGUGAAAGGCCCUCCUCCUCCGCCAUCUCAACUUCCUCAGUUUAUGCUGACAAUGGGCAAAGAUGGAGCGCCUCUGCCAAAACUGAAGCCACUCCACUGGGACAAAGUAAGGGCCACGCCGGAUCGUUCCAUGGUGUGGGACAAGCUGAGGUCAAGCUCGUUCGAGUUGGACGAGGAGAUGAUAGAAUCGCUUUUCGGUUACAAUUUACAAAAUCCAUUGAAAAACGAUGAGGGGAGAAGCAGAACGCCUUCCCCAGGUAAGCAUCUCCUUGAGCCAAAGAGACUCCAGAAUAUUACCAUACUUUCCAAGGCCUUAAAUGCAAGUCCUGAGCAAGUUUGCGAUUCAUUAAUUCAAGGAAGCCGCUUGUCUCAGCAACAGCUAGAGGCAUUGGUGAAGAUGGUGCCGACCAAGGAAGAAGAGGCCAAGCUCAAAGGCUACAAGGGAAACAUAGAUGAACUGGGUUCAGCAGAAAAGUUUGUUAAGUCAUUGCUUAGCAUUCCGUUUGCAUUCCAACGUGUGGAAGCCAUGCUCUAUAAAGAGACUUUUGAUGAUGAAAUUGCCCAUCUGAAAAAUUCCUUCUUAGUGCUAGAGGAGGCCUGCAAGGAGCUCAGAUCAAGUAGGCUCUUCUUGAAGCUGCUUGAGGCAGUGCUCAAGACAGGAAACCGGAUGAAUGUUGGAACAAUCCGAGGAGGCGCCAAGGCAUUCAAGCUCGACGCUCUGCUCAAACUCGCUGACGUCAAAGGAACAGAUGGUAAGACUACCUUGCUCCACUUUGUUGUCCAAGAAAUGGUCCGUUCAGAAGGAAUCCGAGUCUCGGAUAGCAUUAUGGGAAAGAUUGGUCAGAAGUGCAAGAACCGAACUGCCAAAGAGAAGGAAGAGGACUACCGAAGAAUGGGGCUCGAUCUCGUGGCUGGUCUAAGCACCGAGCUAUACAAUGCAAAGAGGACGGCCACGAUCGAUCUGGACGUGCUCGUGACCUCGCUCUCGAACUUAUCAGAUGGGAUGGCUAAACUGAAAGGGCUGGUGAAUAAGGACUUGGGCACGGGCGAAAAGGGCGAGAAAUUUGUUCACUCAAUGAGAUCAUUCAUAAGCUAUUCGGAGAAGAGCUUGAAGGAGCUGAAGGAAGACGAAGACAGAGUGCUUUUGCACGUCAGAGAGAUCACAGAGUACUUUCAUGGAGAUGUGAGCAAAGAAGAGGCCAACCCACUUCGUAUAUUUGUGAUCGUGAGGGACUUCUUGGGGAUGUUGGAUCAUGUGUGCAAAGAGUUGAGAUAUUCCAAAGUCCAUAGUAGUUCCAAUCCUCUCUCUGCUUUCAGAUAGAUCAAAUUGAGUCUUCAUGCUCUUUGCCUGUGUUCAUUGUGUGUAUUCUGUAAGUGCAUUCACUAGGAAUUAGGAUUGUAACACAAAUUUUCUGUGAGUGUGUAGAGUUUUGUAUUGUUCAGAUUGACAUUUACCUUAUUCAACCCUUUCAUGAUAAAAAAAUAUUUUAAUGUUAGCACACCCAAUAAUCAAAACAUUGUGGUAUUAAUUUAGGGUUGGGAAUCAACCAAAUUUGGAAGAGUGACAAUACUACUCAACAAUAGCUUCUGAAAGGAAUGGGGAGAACAGUUGAUGCUCAUCCAUAGUUUCUUGAUUCUCAGUUUGAUCUAAAGUAUAUAUAACAUGCCUCUGUCAAGUGGAACACAAAACAGUUAUAGUCCUCGACAAGAGUGGAGGAACCUUGGAUUGCUUUGACGACAAAGAAUCCGACACCGGGUUAGACAUUAGGCAUGGAAUUCUUUUUUCUACAAGCUCUAGUCCAUCCCUCUUGUUUUGUUUUGCUUUGUUCAUUAGGAUUCUUUUCCAGUAGAUGGUAUAGAAACCGGUAGGAGAAAUCGUCAUUCUUUGUCCUAAGCUAGUUUAGGAUCAUUUUUGUUCCAUCAGUAAGUAGCUGUCUUAGCUGACAUACUCAGUACCUAAGGACAGAGAGGAUUCAAGGUUUCAGCCAUUUACCCAAGUCCUUGAAUUGCCAAUUUCAGAUCCAGGCAAAAUUAAAAUCUGGGAAUAUUUCUCCAGAUGUGCAUCAGAAAUUGCAGAAAGAGCAAUAUUGAUUUCAGACUCCUGAUGUUACACCAAAACCCAUUGUGCGAAAAAGCCUAUAACAACAUCAUUUCCCAUAGAGGAAGCUAAAGGAGUUAGUUUCCUACAAGCAAGUGAUUGCCCCCACUAAAGGCAAAGAAUCUAAUUCAGACCUAACAUUGUCUUAAACCUUCGUGUCUUUUUAACUACUUCUUUUCCUCCUGGACCGCAAAAAAGAACCCCAGGAAAUUCCUAUGGACUAUGGCCGCGUGGUCUGCGCCGUGAUCGGCUUCUCAGCAUCGUUCAUCCUCUGCGUGCCUAGCAUCAAGUGGCGGCAGAAGCGGCGUCGCACGCUCGAGAAGCUGCGGAUUGUGUCCGAGGCGCUCGAGCAAGCAGAGGAAAGAGCGGCGAGGUCCCAAGAGAGGCACGACCGGCUUCUGAGCCAAGUGUGCUCGUUCUACUUGGCCAAUAAAGAGCUGGAGCAGGCACUUGGUGGGGCAAGAAGGGCUAUGGAUGAGGCCAUGGGAUUUGCCAGUGGCCUGAGGAAGAUGCAGAUGAAGUUGGUCAGCUCCUUUCCUGAUGAUGUUGAUUUGGUUAUGGUGUUAGAGAGGGCUCGUUGACUUGUGCACAAGGAGGCAAAUAACUGUAAACUGUCCAAGACUCACUUUUGUUUUGUUUUGUUUUUUAAUCCUUGUCCAUAUUAACUUGUUUUCUUUGGUUAUAGAAGAAAUUAAGGUGGGGGAAAAAGAUUAAUUACACUUGCCCUAUGAAAAAUUUAUAUCUUUCACUUACCU